AUGUCCAUUCAAGGAAUAGCCCUGAUUUUUCCUCUGCUGUUUCUCUGCUUCUUAAGGGAGAGCUUCUGCAUUUGCGAUGGAACUAUCUGGACAAAGGUUGGAUGGGAGAUUUUUCCAGAAGAAAUGCAUUAUCUGAAAGUUAAGCCUUCUCCAUCUCACUGUCUACCUUACCCUAUGGACAAACUAUGCUGCGAUUUUGCUAAUAUGGAUUUAUUUCAGGAUUGCUUACAUCUCAUGUACAUUUUAGCACAAGCUCUCUUUUUAAUCCUGUCUGUUUUAUCUGUGCAUUACCUCUUGGUGAAAUGGAAGAAACACAAGAAAAAGCUGAAAGACAAAGUCUCCUUAGAUACAUUUGGUAAUGACCUACAAAACCAUUCCAUCUGUGACAUUGACCAAAUACUCUGCAAACUGGUUGCCACAACUUCGAUGAUGACCAAGUACCUGAAUCAGGUAUCCCAUCAUCAUUUGGCAAAGAAAGUCAAACACCGAAAACCAAAGAAGAAGAAGUGUGAAGGAGAAGUUGCCAGAGGAUACUAA